AUGUUGCAAUUCAUCGAGUCGGGCAUCCCAAAGAUGACAACAUCUAUCAAAUCUUCAUCUAUGAAAUCUCCAAAGCGAUCACUAUCUAAAGAUUCCCCACUCCUUCGACUACCUUACGAAAUACGCCUGAUGAUCUACGAGUAUGCGGUAGCGGUACCGAACGACUACAUGGACCGUCCGUUGAUCGUCGUCAACGAUCGAGGCAACGUCUUCACGGCCCGGGGUCGCUACCGGGCGUUGUCGAUGUGUCCCAGCUGGGUGGGUGAGAACGGCAAAGUCCGCAGCCUCCUUGCCGUCAACCGCCAACUCCACGACGAAGUAGAAGAAUACCUCUACUCGCACAACACGCUGUUCUUCACCAACUCGUUCAACCUGGACCGACUCGGCGCGUUCCUGGACACCCUCAGUCCCAGCGCCCUCAACCGCAUCCGCAGCGUCGGCUUCGAGAUCUUCUUCUUCGUGCACUCACAGACGGGCGUGCCGAAGCGCACGCUGAAGGAGUACGAGCGCGCCGGCCGCGUUCUGAUGGAGAAGCUCCCGCGCUGGUCGACUGUCGUCUUCUACCUCGACCCGCGAUUCUACUUCCCGUAUGGCUCUGUUGGUGGUCGGGAGCUGUCGGCCCGUGGCGUCUGGUAUCUGGCUACCAUCUUUGGCGCAAUGCGCAAGGAGCUCCACUUCGUCGCCCUGCCGUCGAUCCAUCGUCAUGUCAUGGAGGAAGCGCAGCGCGCGCUUCAGCCCGGCAGGCGCGGCUCGCAGGAACGAUCUUCACUCUGA